AUGGUACGAAAACUUCUCCUCUGGCUGAUUUCUUCGUUAAUCCACUAUGGGGAAAGCAAAGAUGGGGCGAUUCGCUUUUACGAUUCAUCAGAAGAGAACUUUGCCCAGCUACGAUCAGAAAUUACGCGCCAGUCAACGAGGAGAAAAAGGAAACGAUCUUUAGCGAGCAGAAGUGAUAAGGAGUUGAUCGUGGAGAAGGAAGGACGAAGACACCUCCUACUGCUCAAACAAAUUCGCGUGAUCGAUGAAGAAAACUACGAGCUUCGCGUCCCACACGAUUUCGAUGAACUUUCUUCGACUGAUGAAGAUUCUGUCAUCGCGGAAAAUUGCACUUAUUUUGGAAGAACAUAUCACGACCGAUAUUCUUCUGCAUUUGUCAACAUUUGCGAACAGACUGGCUUCAUUGAAGACAGACAGCAUGGCAGGAUUGAUCUCGACUUUGAUGACGAACUUGAAGCUGCUAGAAGAAAAGUCAAUGGCGAGGCUAGUUGUGGAGAAAACUCGGAGCAGGACACAUUGCCAAGGGACUUCCGGACCUCUCGUCACUUCACCCGUCCAACUCGUAACUCGCACACUCGAAGAAAACGAUAUGUAGUUCCUCGAGAACUCAGAGUCGCCGUUUUUGUGGACCCUUCUAUGACUCGAUUUUUCCGUCAACUUGGAAGCAGCGUCAUUUCCAUCGAAAACUACUUGGCAAAGAUCAUGGCUAGGGAUUCUCACGGAAAAAUUGCGCGCGGCGCGGCCUUCUGCACUCAAAAUUGUCAAAUGCUAUUCUGA